AUGGCCCCACAUAGACAUCUACUAAAACUCACAGACCAACCUCUACGCAUCGGCGUAGCCCUCUUCCCAGGCUUCCAAGCCCUAGACGUCUUCGGACCUCUAGACUGUCUAAACACCCUCUCGAAACUGCGCCCUCUGACUCUAACCCUCCUCUCCUCAACCCUCGACCCCAUCUCUACAUACCACCCCGAAAUCUCAAACGCCAUAUCCCAAAGUGUCGUCCCAACAAGCACCUACAAAACAGCCCCACCCAUCGACCUCCUCCUUGUACCAGGAGGCCAAGGUGCCCGAGGUUCAGAUGCCGCAGUUCUCGAGGUAAUUGAGUUCAUAAAAACUGUAUACCCAAGCCUGAAGUACCUGGUAACAGUAUGUACCGGCUCCGGACUCGCAGCUCGGGCUGGGGUUCUUGAUGGGAAACGCGCAACGACGAACAAGCGUGCGUGGAAAGAGACUGUAGCUGUGCGGGACGCUGUGAUUUGGGUACCGGUGGCGAGGUGGGUGGUUGAUGACAAGGUUUGGAGCUCUGCGGGGGUUAGUGCAGGGAUUGAUGUGAUUUUAGCUUGGAUUGCGGAGUAUUUUGGGGAGAAACUUGCGAAUGAGGUUUCGGAGAGAAUUGAGUAUACUAGACAGCUUGAUUCGACGGUUGAUGCUUUUGCAGAGUUGUAUGGGUUGGUUUGA